AUGCAGCUCUUCAAACGGGGCAAGAAGCCCGGCCAGGAUGUCGACCUCAGCAGCAAGGAUGACUCUGCGCCGUCGGCGAAUCCAACGUCAAAGGAGGAGGGUGAGGAAGGAAAGAACGAAAUUAGUCUCGCGCGCACAAAGACCGAGGAUAUUGUCUAUCCAGAGGGACUCAGACUCGGCCUGCUCAUGGCCAGUGUCUUCAUUUCCAUGUUCCUGGUGGCACUCGACCGGCUGAUCAUCUCGACGGCGAUCCCCCAGAUCACGGACGACUUCCACUCCGUGACGGACAUUGGCUGGUACGGCUCGGCCUACCUGCUGACCAACUGCUCGUUCCAGCUGAGCUUCGGCAAGCUGUACAGCUUCUACAGCGUCAAGGGCGUGUUCCUCGCCUCGAUAGCGCUCUUCGAGAUCGGCUCCGCCAUCUGCGGCGCCGCGCCCAACUCCGUCGCCUUCAUCGUCGGGCGGGCCAUCGCGGGCCUCGGCAGUGCUGGUAUCUUCUCUGGCGGUAUCACCGUCAUAGUCUACGCCGUUCCUCUCCACAAACGCCCGCUGUUCCAAGGCUUGUUCGGGGCGGUGUUUGGGAUUGCCUCCGUCAUAGGACCUCUACUGGGUGGCGCUUUCACGAGCAAUGUUAGCUGGAGAUGGUGCUUCUACAUCAACCUGCCAAUCGGCGGCGUCGCGAUGGUUUUCAUCUUCUUCCUGUUGCAAGUUCCGGACAGGGCGACAACGCGCCUCCCAAGGAAGGAAAAGCUGGCUCAGCUCGACCCACUCGGAGUCGCCCUGCUGCUCCCCGGUGUCAUCUGCCUGCUGUUGGCUCUGCAGUGGGGUGGUCUUGAAUACCCAUGGCACAACGGCCGCAUAAUCGCGCUCCUCACGCUGGCAGGCUGUCUGUUGCUCGGAUUCGUCGCGAUCCAGAUCCUCAGGCCGAAGACCGCCACCAUCCCACCCCGUAUCUUCUGUCAAAGAAGCAUCCUGGCCGGCUUCUUGGCGAUCUUUUGUGUUGGCUCAUCGAUGAUGAUCAUGGUUUACUACCUGCCGAUAUACUUUCAAGCUAUCAAAGGCAUCAAUGCCGUUGACUCUGGGAUCCGGUUGCUUCCCCUGGUUUUGCCAAUGGUCGUGGCGUCUAUCACAGCCGGUGUCCUCAUCUCCAAGAUCGGGUACUAUACGCCUUUCAUGCUCGGUGGCGUCGUCUUCCUUUCUAUCGGUGCCGGCCUGCUCACGACUCUCCAAGUCGGCACGGGCCAGGCCAGGUGGAUUGGGUACCAGGUCAUCUACGGUUUCGGGAUGGGCCUGACCUUCCAGGCGCCCAACCUCGCGGCACAGACCGUGCUGCCGACGGUCGACGUCCCCAUCGGGACCUCCCUCAUGUUCUUUGCCCAGCUCCUGGGCGGCUCCAUCUUCAUCUCGGUCGGGCAGAACGUCCUCAACAACGAGCUCGUGAGGAACCUCUCGGGCGUCCCUGGGUUUGACCCGUCGAGUAUCCUGCAGGCGGGCGCGACGACCCUGACACACCUUGCCGAGCCGCUCAGGACCACGGUGCUCUUCGCGUAUAAUGAGGCUCUCAGGAAGGUUUUCCAGGUCGGUCUGAUCAUGACUUGCCUGACGAUUCUUGGCGCGGCAAGCUUAGAGUGGAGGAGCGUCAAGAGCAAGAAGCCCGGGGCCAAGAAGGGCCAGGAGCAGAAUGCGGCAGAGGAAGGCGCGGCGAAUGCCACCGCUGAGUCUGCUGUUGCUGAGGCGACGAUCGAGAGUAAAACAGAAGAAGAAGAAGGACCCCGUUCUGUGAACCCCGAGAAGCCCGGCGUUGACGACGAGACGAGCGACCACUCCGAAGCGAGGAAGGAGGUUCGGAAGGAUGAGGCCUAA